GACAUUGUGCGCUUAGCUACUGAUAUGGAAGAAGUGGAAUUGGCGAAGGAAAUUGCUGAUACGUUACGAAACAACAAGCCGGACGAAAUUGUCUAUGGAGCUGCAAAGGCUGCACCAGGGAAAUGGGCUUCUGUUGUACGUCUACUGAAUAUCAAAACCGGAGAAGUUCUUUCACUCUUUGAACUUCCUCAAGAUGAAGCUGCAAAAUGGUAG